UAUUUCCGGUUUCUACUGCCGAGCGGAAAUAGGAGGAGUGGAGGGGAAAAAAUAGUACUCUUUUCCGGUUCGGGGCACAGUAGAAGCAGCGACGGGUCGGAUAACCGUUUGUGAGGAUGACGCGGCAUGGUAAGAACUGUACUGCAGGGGCUGUCUACACCUACCAUGAGAAGAAGAAGGACACAGCGGCCUCAGGCUAUGGGACCCAGAACAUCCGACUGAGCCGGGACGCUGUGAAGGACUUUGACUGCUGCUGUCUCUCACUGCAGCCCUGCCAUGAUCCUGUGGUCACCCCAGAUGGCUACCUGUAUGAACGGGAGGCGAUCCUGGAGUACAUCCUACACCAGAAGAAAGAGAUUGCCCGGCAGAUGAAGGCCUAUGAGAAGCAGCGAGGAGCCCGGAGGGAAGAACAGAAACAGCUUCAGCGAGCUGCAGCCCAGGACCAAGUUCGAGGCUUCCUGGAGAAGGAGGCAGCCAUCGUGAGCCGGCCCCUCAACCCCUUCAUGCCCAAAGCUGCCACCUCACCCAACACAGAUGGCGAGCAGCCAGGGCCCAGUGCGGGUCCCCCAGGCAAGGACAAGAACAAAGCGCUGCCCAGCUUCUGGAUUCCCUCGCUGACGCCCGAGGCAAAGGCCACCAAGCUGGAAAAACCAUCCCGCACUGUGACCUGCCCGAUGUCUGGGAAGCCUCUCCGCAUGUCGGACCUGACGCCGGUACGUUUCACACAGCUGGACGACUCUGUGGACCGCGUGGGACUCAUCACACGCAGUGAGCGCUACGUGUGUGCUGUGACCCGAGACAGCCUGAGCAAUGCCACGCCAUGUGCAGUUCUGCGGCCCUCUGGGGCCGUGGUCACCCUGGAGUGUGUGGAGAAACUCAUCCGGAAGGACAUGGUGGACCCCGUGAACGGGGACACGCUGACAGAGCGCGACAUCAUCGUGCUGCAGCGCGGCGGUACGGGCUUCGCUGGCUCGGGAGUGAAGCUGCAGGCUGAGAUGUCUCGGCCAGUGAUGCAAGCCUGAGCUGUGACCUAAUAAAGCUGCCUGUGAAUGAACUGGAUCUCUGGUGCCUCACUGUAGGCAGGAGGUGCAGAAAGAGUGGGCGUAGUGGGCAAUGGUGGGCACGCCUUUAAUCCCAGUGCUUGGGAGGCAGCAGCAGGCAAUCUCUGCAAGUUCAAGACCAUCCUGGCCUACAGAGUGAGUUCCAGGAUAUCCAGUACUGCACAGAGAAACCCUGUCUUGAAAAACCAAAAAAAGAAAGAGUGGACUUGCAGUGUGGGUCACUCCAGUCCCAGCUGAACCCUAAACUCGUGGAAGCCGCCUCAGUCACUUUUGACCAUGCAGGAACCCUGGUAACAGGAACCUGUCAAUCUAGAUCCUCCAGCCUCAGUCAGGAUCUGGGAGAGGGGCUCAGCGCAUAACACACUCCCAAGCGAGCUACUCAAAGAGACCCCCAGACACGGACCUGCCCGCCAUGUGCCCUUCAUUGCAGGGCUCCCCUGCAGACCCGGCACGUGCCCACACACUGCCUCAUGUACAGUCCUGCCCUCAUCUCCUCCCCUGGAGAAUGUCUCUCAAGAAUCCCAACUUCCAGCCGGGCGGUGGUGGUGCACACCUUUGAUCCCAGCACUUGGGAGGCAAAGGCAGGUGGAUCUCUGUGAGUUCGAGGCCAGCCUGGGCUACAGAGUGAGAUCUAGGACAGCCAGGACUACACAGAAAAACCCUGUCUCAAAAAAAGAAGAAGAAUCUCAGCUUCUCUGAGUAUGUCCAGCUUUCCUCAGUACCCUCCACCCCAGCCCCCUGAAUUGUUCAAAAGUGACACAGACCACCCACACCCCAACUCCACAUAAAACUCAGCUUCCUUUUUUCUUUUCUUUCUGGACUGGGAAGGGCACACACUAAGCAAGUGUUCAAGAGUUCUUAUCUUUUAAUUAAAAACGCUUUGGUUAUGUGUGUCUGUGGGGAGGGGUUUGUGCAUGUGAGCACAAUGCCUGUACAGGCUGUCAUAACCGGUCAGACCCCCUGGAGCUGGAGUUAGAGACCGUUUUGAACAGCCUAGUCUAGAUGCUGGGAACCAAACUGGUCCUCUGUAAAGAACAGUGAGUGCUCUUAACCACUGAGCCAUCUGAUCUUAAGGAAGGUGUGGUAGCCCAUGCUUUUAUCCCAACACUUGGGAGGCUGAAGCAGGAGGAUUGCUGCAAGUUUUGGCCUAGCCUGUGCUCCGUAAGACUAGCUCAUGCCUUUAAUCCCAGCACUUGGGAGGCAGAAGCAGGCCUGGUCUACAGAGCGAGCUCAAGGACAACCAAGGCUACACAGAGAAACCUUGUCAAAAAAAAAAAAAAAAAAAAAAAAAACACCAAGAAACCAGAAAAGACCGGCUCAAAGUCAGAACAUACAUAUCUGAGUCCUUAAGUCUGGGUAAAUUCUCGACGGAAGAAACAUUGGCUGCACAAUGAUGAAAUGAAUGUGGUAGAAAGAUGUCUUUAGUAUGUGGCAUCUUGUAUAUUUAUAAUUUUACAUCCUGUAAGUCUAUUGCCAGUAUUUAAAAAUAAAGCAGAUACCAGGCAUGGUGGUAUGUGCCUGUAAUCUUGA